GUUUGCUACGUGGGUUGAAGUGUAAACGGAGUCAUCAUAAAUAUAUAUAAAUAUUACGUACUGUGACGUGCUCUUUCUUGCUCUUUCAAUUUAUUAUAAGUAGUCUGGACAUUUUUAACCUUUACCGAUGAUGUAAACUUUCUCAAUCAAGUUUCGAUACAAAUAAUGGCGGCGGCGAAUUCUACUGCGACAUGCGAGGACUCUUCUGUGCAGACGGCCGAUGUCCAAGGAAAGGUUAGUUUAAUUAUGGUCAAAUAUCAAAAUUAGCAGGUGUACGUAAGAACUUUUUUAUGAUUUUGGUUCGUAAAGUUUAUUUUCCACCAUUGAUUGAUCGCAUUAAUUUUCAUCUGUUGACUUACUGUCUUCAGGUGGUGUUUAGCCAAGAUGGCGUGUUCGUGCACACUGCUGUAUUAACUGCUACACAGGGUGCCAACAUUAUUCCCGGAAUUGUCACAAUUAUCGAAAAAGUAGGUGAAGAUUCGCUCUCACGUAGUCUUUACUACUAUGGUACCUUGAUAUAUUUUAUGGGGACUCAUUUCAAAAAAAUUAAAGUAUUUCCCGUUGCCUGAUGUCGAUGUUUCCUCAAUUAAACUGUCUUGUAACCUCUUACAGUAUCAGUCAUAAAGUUGUCAUUGUAUUUUUUUGUUGCCAACCUGUCGUAUCAACGGAUUUUUAUAGGGGUCUAUUCUAAAAAUUCGUUCUAUAAAUCAUCUUUACCUCCAAUCCCCAUAUCACUCUAAUUAUAAUUGUACAAGACUUAGGAGACUUUUAGUUGCAGUUGUCUAUUUUCCAAUAGUUUUAUUAUGAAACUGUUUCCUGAUCUCCACCCGUGAAUUGACCUUAAGUUGCAAGCCCCUUUUUAUUGGAUGAAUCAUUCAAGCUGCCAUGGAGCAAGGAAUGUUAAUGCCAUCCCACAAUUUGUGGAAAAAAAACAAACUAUGUGACCUGGCUAAAAUAUGGUUCUCAGGGUCAAUUUAGUUACUCAAUAAGUAUUGCAUAUGAUAUAUAUAUAUGUUAUUUGCUGGCUGGGAGGUCCAUAUGGUGAAAAACUGUGACCUCGGUCACAGUUUUUCACUAUACGGACCGACCCUUAGCUGGUGAAUAACAUAUUUAUCUUUUUUAAACUUGACGAGAUUCUUUCCGAAAGAACCCGAAUGAUUUAGGGCUGUAAAUAUGGCAAGAUCUUCCAUAAACUGAACUAUUUUUGAGCGAGCACCUGGUUGAAAUAGAGGUGAUGCAAAUUAAAGAGAGAUGCCUCACGGAAACAUUUUCAUUUCAGCAACAAUAAAGGUGAUUUAAAAGGCUUCUUAACAAACUUUGAAACUAUUUUUACAAGUAUCUGUCACAAUCUGACACCUGUCAAUUAGAGAGCGUGUAAGAAAAAAAAGCGUAAGAAGAUUUAAAAAACAAUGGAACUAGUUUGGCAAGGACUGUUACGACAAUGUUUUCUUCAAAAACAGUCAAUGAUGUAAUGGAAAGCAUUAUUCGCUCUGAUUGAUGAUUCAUUCAUGUUCAAAGAUUUACCUCUGUUUAUUAAGGAAACGGCGAGGAAAGUAAUUUUGAGUAAAUUCAAAUUUUUUAAUUUGAAGUUGUGAGAGUUUGCUCGUUUGUUUGCUGCAAUGGCGUUUGUAAAUCUGGUCUUUCGUCCACAAAACUAAAUUCGAAUGGCACACUCCAACGAGACACAAGGGGAUUUAAUGCAGCCUUUUCUCAAUAAAUUCCUUCAGUUUCUGUAGUGCAAUUUACAGUACAAAUGUCAAAAUUGAACGGACUUGGAAAGACUCACCAGGAGCGUAUAUUUGUUGCAGAACUGAAAUUAAAACUUCUCUUGCUCUUUCACUACAAACAAAUUGUUUGAGAAAAUUCAGAUUUUAAAUGAAUGAAAGUUCCAUCGUUCAGUAACCAAAUACCUCACGUUUUAACUUUCUGGGUAUUUUUUGUGAACAAUUAAAAUUAAUUGCAGAGGAAUAUUUUUCUGUCAACCAAAGUGAUUUGAGAGAGAGAAAAGAGAGGAUUCAUAAGUUAUUUAUCAGCUUGAGAUAGUGGCUGAAGUGGUUGCUUGUAAAUACUGCACAGCCGGAAAUUUGAGAUAUAUUUAUAAAAAAUGGUAACGAAAGUUGGGAUGUACUUGGCAACUCAUGAAAGCGUUACUGUGGCCCAUGGGCAGAGAUAGGAAAAUACUGACUGGGUAAAGAACCAAUCAGAUUGCAGGAUUUGUUACCAUGCCCUUUAAAAAAAAAAAAAAAAUAUUCAAUACAAUGUAGUUAUAUAAUUUCUUUAAUUAUUUUUGACAGCAAAACAGCACAUUUAUAGAUUGGUCACCUGCAGUGAAUGAAGAAGAAGAAUUUGAGCUAGAAACAAGUGACUAUUCUGAAUGGGAUCUUGUCACUCAAAGUAAACAGGAAGGUAAUUUAUGAUACCUGUAUAAAUUACAAGCAUAGUUAUUUGAUUAAUUAUUACAAAAAAGUGUUUUUCAAGUUAUGUUCUCUGAUAGUUGAUGUUAGAAACCACAAAGCACAUCUACAUGAUUGUAGUUCGGCCCAUGUGAAUUUCAAAAUUGGUGUUUGUAAACACUUGAAUUUUAGAGCAGUCAAAGGAACUUUGCACCUCGGAAGGGUCUAGGACUGUUAAACAACUUUGAGGAGACUGUAUACAUUCAUUUGUUAAUCAUUGUCUUGCAUGAUGUACCUAUAAUCUACAACUCCUUUGCAUUGGAAUUACUUGCUUAGGGGUUGGUAAACUUUUAUAAGAAAUAAAAUGUGAAACUGGCAUUUGUGGUAAACAUGUUUUGAUUGACUUGUUGUAUUUAAUAAAUCAAAGUAUAGUCAUGCAUCAAUUACUUGAGUUGUGGAUCUACAAUAUUCCCAAUCAGUUCACCUUUUAAAGACCUAUUUUUAACCAGUAUGCAUCAGGCAUAGCAUUGACAAUUGGUGACCAUUAACUUGAUGUUGAUUAUUCCAAAAGCUUUGGGAAAAUAAUAGAAGCUUUGCUCUUGUGAAAACUAUAACAAAAACAGAAGCUCGCAAUACAUACUGGCCAAUGGUAGGUCUUUAACCACCAACUCCACUGAGAAGUCUUGUACCAACACAGAUGGAUUUAUUCUUAAUUUUUCAAAAUCUUAACUUGUUUUGAGUUUUAGAGGUCAGUUUGUUUUACAUCUCCAGUGCCAGAGAUUUGAGUGGUACUCUCUAACUUUCAAAAUACUGAGUGUGUAGGCCCACAAUAUGCAAAUUGCAUUGCAUACUCAGUAUGUCAUGCAGGCAGUGAAAGCAUUAAAAGUGUUCUCUAAAUGACUUUUUGAUGUUAUUUUUGGUUGUUCGUGGGCAUUGUAAACAGAUGGAAGUGUCCAGAAGAGAAAGAGGAUAUCCAUGUAUGCCAUUCACUUCAAUGUCUCAGAGUUGCACUCUAUCAGACGUUCUGACCCAAAGUUGGCCUGGUCUUAUGCUGUAUUUAUGUUAAAAAAUGGCACCACUCAACCAGCACUCCAUUUUCACUCUGGGGGUAUAAGUGAAAUGAUCCGUCACCUACAGAGAUAUGUAUGGAUUACAAGGUAGGUACAUCUGCUAUGACCUGUUAUUAGGCUCUUUCAAGUAUUUUGUUUUUUUCUUCCUUUAAUCUUUCAACUUAACUUUUUUUCCCAACCAUAAUUUUUUUACAUUAACCCUGUCGAUUUGUUUGUUAGAAUCAGGGCGUGAAAUUGUGCCUAAUACAGGCGCCAAUGCAACUAAAUUUUUUGCUGUGGCGACUAAAUCCUGAGAACUAGCCACUAAAUUGGCAACUAGAAUGCUUCAUCAUAACCAUACCUAGAGAUAUAGUGAAUUAAAAAGAUUUGCAACGAUAAAUCCACAGCAAACUUCCUUGUUAAGUUUGUUUCCAAAAUGCAGCAUAUACAUCUUGAUUGAUGACUAGACGCCAUCUUGGAUUUAGGUGAGCCUGAAUGUUGCACAUCAUCCAUCCUAGUGUCCACUUUGAAGAACCAUGCAGAACUUAAUUUUAGAGGGUCUAUCUACGACACUGACAGUGUAAAAAAAGGUUUUUCUUUGUCUUUAAAAAUGGCGACCAAUUUUUUUAAUUGGCUGCCACUUUGAAAAUUUUGGAGCCAAGUGGCUAUCAGAAAAAAAAAAAUUAAUUGCAUGCCAUGUAGAGGUUGGAUUGCCUUAUGUUAUGUGAGAUAGUCCUUUUAUAUCUGUGCAUUAUAAAUCUUGCUUUUCUCUUUGCCUUUAUGACUUCAGAUCUCCACACAAUCACAAGUUAUUUGUUGUGACAGAGGAUCACAAUGCACUAAUGAAAUCUCUUGAUCAUCUUGAGUUAUUCCCAAAGGAUAAUCUACCCCAUCGAGUACCAGUAAGGCUUUUUUUUACUGACAUUGGUCAUUAAAACUACAGAAAACUGCAAAUUUAGAAGAAUUUAAAAUAAUCUUAAAUAUUGAUAUCUGUGGACCUGACGUUUGAGCUGUACAUGUAGAUGUCCCUCUCCAACUAUACACUCAUUGUUUCCUGUUUCUCCUACUUACAAAUCCUUAGUUGUAUUCAUAGUAGAAUAAAUAGAUCAAUGUCAGUAUCUGAUAAACUGGGUACCCACCCCCAACCUAACAACAGUCAACUGAUAACAAGUUAGGGUUAUGUUGGGUUAGGGAAGAGGAAGGUGGGCAGUUCAGAUACUGAAAUUGAUCCUAAGAUAGACAUGCCCCCACUUGGCUGAUUUAACUUAUCAAGUCGUUUGAUUUAAGAGAUUAAGUAAUUUAAGAAAAAUCUUAAUAAGAAGAUCAUUAGUUGAUCCAAUACCAAAUUCUCCAAACUAGCAUCACAAGAACUAUUUGGCAGACAGUAAGGAGAAUUACUAAUGAGAACUUGGGAGUUAAAGGGUUAAGUGAAGAAGUCACAAAUAUUUGAUUCAUUUAGCACAGGGUUUAAAACUGGUGCUGCAGAGGCCCUGAAGUCUGAUCUCACUUGAAACACUUAAUCCUCCCUGUCCUCAUCCAUCUCAAAUGCCCUCAUUUUUCCUUGGCUAGUAGCACAAUAAAGGUAGUGAAAUCAGAUGAUGCAAAGUCUGUUACCAAGUAAUAUCUGAACCAUCCAAAAUUUAAGAGACAAAUUUUCUAUCCCUUAAACAUGUUCUCAGAUGACACAUAUCAGUUGACUGUUUCCUAUGAGAAAAUAACUUCAUUAGUCUGUAUAGGUGGCAUUUAAACUGUCCCGUUGCAAUUUCCAUUUAUGCAGGCAUGAGUCAACAACUAACCCAUCACUGGUACUGCUUAGAUUAGGUUGCUGAAAACCAGUCUUGGUCUAGAAUUUUUUUUAUAGAUUAAUUGUUUUGAUUAGAUUGGCGGUAAAUGUGUGUGUUGUUUAGUAAGAAGUCAUUAUUUUCAACUGCUUUUUCAGUGGCAUAAGUUACUCCACAGUGCAUAUUAUGAUGGCAUGGAUGCUUUGUCCAAAGUGACACGUUAUGUGAGAGAUGUUUAUGCAGGCUAUCAGGAAGGAGUGGAAGGCACUCAGGAAGAAGAACAGGAGAAUGGUCUAAAGAAGGAACCUGAGUUUGAAGAUCUUGGGGAUGAUGCCAACCACUCUGAUGAGACAUCUGUGCCAGGAAAGGUUCAAUAAUUUUUUUCAGAUUUGGCCUUUUAAAAAUUCAUUGCUACCAUUAAUGUGAACUUAGUAAUGACAUGAGCUCACCACAGAGAUCCCUGUAGCACAGUGUUAAAGUGUUGGUACAACAUUGCAGCUUGCAAUCUAAUAAACAUUUGGAAUAUUCAAAAUACUUUUGCAUAUACAUGAAGGAAAAGCAUUUUUGAAUGAGAAAUUAAUUUGUACCUUUUUUGUGUGGAGAGAAGUAAAUAAUGUUUUUUCCACAUGAACAAUAUGCAGCGAGAUCUUGGUGAGGUUCCAGAGGUGUCACGAGGAGAACCAAUGAGGCUUAAUGAAUGGCAGUCAUUCCUGGAUGAUGUAGGGCGAGUCACUGAUGUCAAGAAGCUUAAAGACAGGAUAUUCCAUGGGGUAUGUGUUAGAAAAAGAAUGCAGUCUUUUAAAAAGUUAAAAAUUUAUGACCAUACUGAUAACAGCAAAACCACCUUAUAUACAAACAUGCUUGCUGCAAAAUUAUAUGCAAUAUUUAAGAGAAAGAUGAUAUUAAAGAACCCUCCUUCCUUGUGGAAAUUGCAUCUUUCAGGGUAUUGAUGAGUUAAUUCGUAAAACAGUCUGGCAGUAUCUGUUGGGGUACAAGAAGUAUGGUUACACUGCACAGUCACAGCAAAACCUCUUUAGAGGGAAGGAGUAAGUGGAAGCCUCUUCAGAUAAACUUCAUGAUGUUAAUACUUAGUUGGUGUAUGGAACUUUCAUAACUUUUUUUCGUACUGGGAAGGUAUAUGUAUGCAGCCGAUCUUCAACUUGAACAUGUGUAUGUAGCUUCAGAACAACCAAAUUGAGUUUGGUAUCUGGUGGCCAAAUACCAACAAAUUUUCCUACUAUUUUCCUACCUUCUUUGGGCCAAUUUCAUUGUUUUUUGCUUUUUGUUGUUCUCAAGGGAAGAAUAUAAAACUAUGAGGUGGCAGUGGCAGUCCAUGACCAAAACACAAGAAAAUAACUUUUCUGAAUUUAGAGAAAGAAAGCAUCUUGUAGGUAAGGAAGUACAAAAUGUAAUGGGAACCCUUCAACAUCUAAAUUUUUUAGUUCAUGUUGCAAGCAUUUACUUGCUACAGAAGGACACUGAUGAAGCAAACAUCUUUUACUCCUCAUUCUGUCUUAGUGCAUGUACUAAAAAUGAGUAUGUUGUCAAUUGAAGAGAGUUCUCUGUUUCAGACAUUUACCUGACUGACAUAAAAAGCCAGGCUUUUCAGAUUGUUUUGGUUUGUAUUAAAACCUACAUGUAACAUACAUAAAUGAGUCUCCUAUAGGGCGCCUGGACUAGCAAUGAGAGGUUUUAAAUUGUUUUAAAGCUCUUGGUGAGAGUUCUGGAAUGCGUUAGCUGUCCUGUGAAUAUGUGUAGCUAUUACUAUUUGGGAUGUGUUGCUUCAGUAGGGAAUGAAAUCAGUCUAGGGCUGUUAAGUCAUAAAAGGGAACGAUUAUUACAGCUUGUUAGUUCUUUUACAGAUAAGGAUGUUUCACGGACAGACAGAACACAUUGCUUCUACUCUGAGGCCAACCAUUCCAAUGUGAAGAAACUCUAUGACAUUCUUCUCACUUACUGCAUGUACAACUUUGAUCUUGGUAAGUUCAACAUUUCACCAGCUCGUAACGUUAUAUAUGUAUCUUCUCUUUUGUUUGAAAGUCUCUCCCUUUUCCAAAGAACAUGACGAAGUUCUUCAAAAGAAAUGCAUGACAAAAACUGUGUAUCUGCAGAAGAAAUAAGUUGUUUUAAUUUAAUGAAUAAAUGGGAAUCUAUUCUCCCCAACCUUUGUGCUCACUUCUUUGGAUUGUUUCUACUGCAAACGGCUCGCUAUUUUUAUGCGCUAGGAAGUAAAGAACAGGAAGUAGCAGAUAUUUUUGUUGCCUGUUCCACAAUCUGAAGAUGGGGAAAUUUCUUUACUAAGCCUUGAAUGCAUCCUUUACUUUCCAGGUUACGUACAAGGCAUGAGUGACCUCCUUUCUCCAAUAUUAUUUCUGAUGGAAGAUGAAGUUGAAGCUUUUUGGUGUUUCGUGGGCUUCAUGGAAAAAGUGGUAGGUGCUAAUCCUUGUGGCCCAGCGCUCCAAGUUACGACUGUGCCGGUCAACAUAACGACGACAUAGGGUGUUUUGGUGACUAUGAAAAAUUAACAGGAACAAUGCCAAAUACUAAUCUUAUCUUGACAUGUGAAGAAACAGAAACAAAAUUUUUCGUGAUUAAAAAACAAAUGGGACUGUAGUCAUAAAAAGUGAAAACCGUUCGAUUUCUUCAAGAAGUAGAACACAUGGAAAAUGUCCAAAACAAAAAUUUUUACUUUUGACUGAUCCAGUACGUUUAAGAAUCACAGAUGAGAGCAUAUCACAUGGAAGUGAUCUUUGAAUGUACAGGACCUUUGUCAAUGAAUGCACAAAAUAAGGGAAUAGUUUUUAAGUAGCUCUGGACCUUGAUGAAUCAAAGUUGUCCAGUAGUAAUAGAAAAUCUCUUAGCAACUGAUCUUUGGGGUCACCAAGUAAAACAAUAUUGGCGACUAAAGUUUCAUUCAAAGUCGCCAACUCCGUGACCAGUUUUCGGCGGUCCAUUACAAAUGUAAUAAGCAAUAACGUUUUAAGUGUUACGGUCCAAAAUUUUAAAGUGAAAUGAAUAUUAAUUUACGAAAUUUUUUUUUUUCUUCAUCGCAAGAUGUUAUUCAACUAAGCUCCGAAGGAGUUUUUCCCUCUAAGGAUAGCUUUCGCAAAUGACAUUUUAUGGUUAAAGCACAGCCCUGAUCAUUUCAAUAUAAAUUUUUGACUUCUUGUGUUUGCGACUUCUUUAUAGGCUCAUAAUUUUGAAGAGAACCAAGAAGGAAUGAAAGCACAACUUCAUCAGCUGGCUGUGCUACUCAAGUUCGUUGAUCCUCAUUUCUACAAGUAUCUUGGUAAUUCACUCUUACGGUGUUUUUGUUUCCCUGUCAAUUUUUGUUGCAGCUGAUUCGAAUGCAUGACCAUUUACCUCGUAUAUCAUCGAUGGUAUUACAGAAAACAUGCAGUCUUUUUACUACGACUAAAUUCUUGGGUUAGCAGUACAAAGUUCGUUGACACUCAAAGUCUCGCUCAGUUUUUAUUCUUUUCUUUUUCCGACCAACACCUGCUUUCCCGGGCGCAACAUUCCUUUUCGGCCACCCCAUCUUUGAUACUUUACCCUUAAAAUCAAGCACGUUGUCAGGGAAGUUUUCAGUUCAGUGUGGCCGGAAACCUGGGAUUACAUUGGCUUUACGUCAGUUUGAUCCUAGUAUUUGAUUUUUCUCCUUGCAACAGCUAUUUAAUCAAUUAAAUCAAAAGCUAAAACCAAUGACAAUUUGGCUGCCUGCAUUUCCCACGUUAUUGGCCAGUUAAUAAACGUAUGUUUUUCAGUUUACAUGGGUUCCUUGAAAAUUAACCUUUGUUGCGAUUUGCCGCUCUGAUCGGGUCGGUCAAGUUUGGUCUGAUGGUAAUCUUUCCAAGGCCCUUUAGAGAAGUUGCGCUCCUGAGCAAGCAGAUGUCUCUGAAUGGAACAGGAAACGAAUUUUCUUUUAAGAAAAUGCACGGGGAGUGCAAUGUGACCGAGAUAUAGUUUGUUCUCUGGAAGAUUACAUUGUAAGAUACUUUGCAGUCUAUUCAGAGGUUAACACUAAAAACCGUUUGAUCUCUUUUUCGUCGACAGAAGAGCACGAUUCUGGUAAUUUAUACUUCUGCUUCAGGUGGCUUCUUAUUUGUUUUAAGCGCGAGUUCUCCUUUCCAGAUAUUAUGACAUUAUGGGAGGUGAGUUCUUAAAGGAAAAAUUUGCAAGCCAAUCUACUUCAAAACUCUCCUAUCCUGUGGGUCAGGCUUAGUUUGAAAGACUAACCUUUAGUUACCUUGACUUCAGAAUUACAAGGAGAAGACCAAAAUGGCUUCCCUCCUUUAACAGCAUUUUUUCUUCUCUAUCUUUUAUCCCAGCUUAUGCCACAUUUCCUGUUAGUUCGGAUCGCGGUCCGAAUAUUAAAGUCAGAGUUUAUUUUUCUCCUCAGACGUUGUGGUCACAGAGAUUGUCGCCAAAUUAUCACCUGAUUGUUUGUUUGGCGAUCUUGGAUAAACACCGUCACAUUAUUAUGGAGAAUAGAUUUGGAUUCACCGAAAUCCUUAAGGUACACGAACUACUUAGGCAAAGAAAUUGUCAACUCGAUUUGAAGCUAAGUUGUGCUAAAUUGCCAUCAACAGCAAAGGGCAAAGAUACUGAUUUAUCUUAUUAUAUGGGAAUUUAUUGUCGUUCAUAUACCGAUCAGGCCACUGGGGAAUGCGAAACCACCCGUUGAAUGUGUGGUAUGAGUGUGUGGCCCUUUCUUAAUUAAUCCUAAAAUUUGUGACUCGAGUCUACAUACUUUUUAUUCCAAAAUGUAUUCCUUAGUGCUUGCUUUGUAUACAUGACUGUCGGUUAAAAUUGUUGACUGUUCCUUAUCUUAACAGUACAUAAACGAUCUGGCUUACAAUAUAGACGUCCAAGAAGUGUUAGUAAGAGCUGAGCAAAUCUGUCUCCAGUUGCUUGUAUAUCCUGAUGUACCCGCAGAGGUGAAAGACAUACUCACUGGCAAGAACGAAGCCAUGAUGACUCCAAACGUGGAAAAAACAGACCCCUUCCUCAUGGCACACAGUAGACAUAUGGUACAUUUACUAGAUGGCUGUGGGCUAGGCAAAGCCAGCUCACCUUUACAGACUUCUAAUCUUACUGCUUGUGACACUGACGAAUCUAUUCAUGUGCUUCCUUCAGACAAUGAAAGUACUGAAGGCAGCAAUGAAACAAGAAUGAAUGAUUUGGAUAGGGCUUCCUCCAGAUCAGGCAGGGCUCAGGUUGCAGGUGAAUCAAACGAAGUCCAAAUGAAUGACUCUGAUGAUGAAAUUGUGGUGUUGUCUGAAGAGGCACAGAAUAUAUUUUAAUGGUUGAGGACGAAAGGUUACUUUGAUUUUUAAAAAAAAAAUGUAACGAUUUUUUAACAAAAUCACAGCAAAGCCUUCCUGGUGAGAAAGACGACUGCCUAUAAUAUGAAGGGACCUUCUGUUAAGGCCUAAAACAAUGAGAGACUUGGCUGUGGUCAGACAUCGCUCUUGACACAGAGUCGUGGAAUUUCUCUCUUCUUUUUAAUUCCUUCCUGAACGCCGAAGUGAUUUCUACCACCGAUCCAAGUCUGUUAAUCCCCAGUUAAUGAUGGAUUACCUUUUGAGAAUGAAGUACGCACGCAGGAUGAAGUUUUUAAUUACUUCUAGGAAAACGAUGGAGAGGUUUUAUGUAAAGUAAAAGUGUUGAAACAGUCCUUUAAAAACGCUUUGAAGAAAUUGUCCUGUUUGUUAAAAAUAGUGGUCAAAAUUUUUGUUGUCAUAGCC